AUGUUAUAUGUAAAAGAAAUACCAUGUUUCGCAAUUGAUCCAUCACAAUUUAAAAGAAUUCAUGUUUUCUCAAACGCUUCUUCAACUGCAUAUGCUGCUUUAAUAUACGUUAUUCAGGAUAAGAAAGCAUUGAUUUCCGUCAAGUCACGGAUUGUUCCCAUCAAAGAUAUGACUAUUCCAAGAUUAGAAUUAUUUAGCCAUGCUCGUACUUAA